CCAAGGCUGGCGACCGAACUGUCAUUACCUGCGCGCAAAUCGCGCCCAGGUGUCAUUACUGUCAUUCCACGGCUGGCGACUGCAACUGCCGGGGCGCCGACACUUCACGAAUCGAAGACUGGAUUUAUUAACUCUCACCAGAUGGAAUCAAUCAGACUCAUUCUACUGAUCACUUUUGUCUCCAUAUUUGUGAGAGCAGACAACAUGGUGCGCGUGUCCGGGGUCGGCGAGCUCGUGGCGUGCGACCCGAGGCCCGAGGACGCGGUGCUGUACCAGGGCUCGGUGGAGAGGGCCCGCCGCCUGCUCCGGAGGGUACAGGCGGAGCUGAACGUGUCGACGGGCGCCGCGACCAUCCACUGCGUGCGCGCCGUCGACAACAAGGGCGACGGCAACGCCGCCGAGGUGUCCGUGGUGGACGGCGGCGUGGGCUCCAGCCGAGUCGCCCUCAGGUUCCAGUCGCAGCGCGGCAGCGGCAUUCACUACACCGUCACCGUCUCGGGGAAGUGAGGCGCGCGCCCCUCCCCUCAUUGAGCACGCAUCCCCGCGUCCCUUAGCCCCGUUCCACACCAUGGCGGCUUCGGGAGGGGCUAUCGCACAAAAAAAAAAAGGUCGUAGUUGCAAAAAAAAUUAAAGUGGUCAGAUAUUGGCCUGGGAAUAUUAUUUACAAAUUACAGGUUUAAAAUACAGAACCUUAGUAGCCCCAUGCAACUUUUUAUGAGAUAAAAGUUUAACAUACGAAAUUAAAUGUUUAAGUAAACAAAUAUAUACACAAAUCAAUAAAAUUGGUCUCGGGAGGGGGUUAUGGCCACCACCGCCCCCCUUCUGGAGCCGCGCUGGUUCUACAAUGGCACAGAAACGGAGUCGGAUCUCCAGGAACAUUCCUCUGUCACGUCUGCUGCAUCACAACGCACGGAAACAUAUAUAAAACACCAAUGAGAUUGCAUUUAAAGGUUACAAAAAUAUUACUUUAAUUAUUAAAAUAUAUAUAUAUGACGCUUCGAGAUCAUAGAACGGGCAGAAUUUGCGUACAUAAUUAUAAUAAAUCGCAAAGUAAUAAUAGAACAGUAAAUAUUCUUGCACUUAAAAACAACUUUUAACGUAUUUAUAACACAAAUAAACAUGGCUACCACCGUCGCACGGAGCAAGGUAAACGGGAGAGCUCAGCAUCGCCGAGCUAAUCCGUCCUGAUCAGUCUCAUAGAAACUCUAUGCCGUUAGAUCGGUCUCCGUUUAGGUGAUUCGUCUCAGUUUCCGUGUCAUUGUGUAACGGGUGUAAAGGAUGGAUGACGUGAAUACUCUUACUGCUAGCACCACCUGCUGGCCAGUGUUGCCAACCGUAGCAUAAUCAGAAGUGCCCACCCCCCUCCAAACACUAUGACUCCCCCCCCCUAACCUAAUGAUGCGCCCCCCCCCCCCCCCGAAAUUUUUUUUUGCCAUUUUCUCAAUGAAUUACUCAAUUAUUUUAUAAUAUUAUACUUUUUUAGUAUUAUAUUUUAUCACAUUUUGCAUUAAUUAAAACUGAUUUUCUAAGAAUAAUAAUUUUGGUCAUAUCAGGUAAUAUUUCCAUCCUGAACCGACAGAUGCCAAACUGCUUUUGUUGAGGAAAGUGCGGGGUUGCCAAUUUGAUUUACAAGAUCCCUUUCAAUUAUCAAAGCACCAGAAACGUAUUUUCACAUUAGAAGCUAUAAUUAUGUAAAUAAUAUAUACAUUUUUCUCGUCUUUUAACCCCCCCCCCCCCCUGAAAUUUUAACGACGCAGUCUGCGUCGUUACCCCCCCCUUGUGGGCACCCCUGGCAUAAUUAUGCUACAUGUAGCAUAAUUUGUUGUUGCUGUAGCAUGUAGCAAAAUUUCUUUAUUUCAGAUAAAAUGAACUGUAAAGUAUUGAGUUCAAAAGCUACAAAUGUAACUAAAUACAGUAGAUAACACAGUUUCGGUGCUACAUGCAAGGACUGGGUUCUCUGAUUACACAGCCACACAGCCACACACACGGCUAUCUUUCAGCGACGUCUUGAAAGCGGUAUCGUUUGUAGGGAAAUUUUAUACCACACUGGACUGGAACUCUUUAUCAUCUUUUUCUUUCAAAUGAAAAAUUUACAAGUCAAGCUAAAUUCUGCUGACGACAGCAGUACAGAGGACGAAGCUCUUCCUUAGCUGUAUUUGGCUAUUAAUAUGU